AAAUUUAAAAAAAAUCUCUAUAAAAUAAAAGUGAAAUAUUUUUUUUUUUGUAUACAAAAAAGUUUUAAACUAAAAAACACAAAAUGGCUGGACCACUAUUGAAAUCUUGUUGCUUUUGCCAAUCCACCCGUAAUGGCUCUAUCAUCUCUGGUAUCUUGGCCAUUAUAUUAUCCAUCAUUACCAUUAUAUUGAUUUUCACCACUAGAGUACAAUUCAAAACAAUCGUAUUCGAUUGGAUUCCAACAGAAAUUGUUAAAAUUAUUUUGGUUAUCAAUCUUUGUAUGACCAUAUUAAUAUCUCUGCUAAUGAUAGCGGGUGUUAUAAAGCGCAAUCAUUAUCUAAUGAUGCCCUGGGUGGUAUUGGGUAUUAUGAUUGCCAUCGGUUUAUUAGUUUCUGUCAUUUACACAGCUGUUGUCUUCUUUAUUGAUGGUUUCGUAUUGACUGGUGUCUUGUGGCUGGUAUUCGGUUUGAUUGCAUGUGCCAUUUUAACCUACUGCUGGUGUGUUGUAUACAGUGAAUAUACAAUUCUUGCUGAAGAAAACGAAAGAGGGCGCUACAACAAGCAACCCUAUAGACGUUAAGUUUUAUAAGAACACAUAAAAACUAAACUUAAUUUUUAAUAUUAACAAUUUUAAUAUUUAUUAUUUUCUUUUAUUUUAUAAUGAAUUUAUUAUUAAGCCAAAACUAAAAACAACUGAUUAAUUUUAAUUAAAAAGUUUUAAACAAUAUUUAAUAAAAAAUAAAUACAAAUUUAUGUUAAAAUUUUAACUAAUAAACUAGAGCAGUGUGUUAUUUACUGCUUUUAGCUAAAAUAUAAGAAAUCCGAAAGGAAAUUUGUU